CCCACCGUGUUUCAAUUUGGCUUCCCGCUGCCCGUGUUUCCUUCCCGAUGGAGAAAUCCUCAGGACUCGGCGGCGUCUCCUCCGCCCCCGCCACCGCACGCCGGCAGCCGACCCCCUCCGCCUCCGCCACCGCCACCGCACGCCGGCCGCCGACCCCCUCCGCCUCCGCCACCGCCACCGCCACCGCGCGCCGGCCGCCGGCCCCCUCCGCCCCCGCCCCCGCGCGCCUGCCUCCGUCCCCACCUCCGCGCGCCUGGGCGUCGUCCUCGACGGCCGCCGCGGGCCCCUUCCCCGCCGACUUGAAGGGCGAGACCGUCCGCUUUCGCUGCCGGUCGCAGGCCUACAACGCGGCCGUCCACGCGGUGCGCGAGGAGGUCAGCUACUCGACCGUGCAUCUCAAAAUCACUGAGAAGACCCCGAGGCGCCGCUUCUCGGCUGGUGAGCCCGCCACGCUGCAGGCCGCCGACGGCGCGCGCUGGGCCGGGAAGGUCGCCGAUCCCGACGGCGAAGGUUGCGCUCUGAUGCUCAACUCGCUGUACAGCUGGGUAUUCGUUGAUGUACCUUCAGGUGAGCCUACUGGCAUGGAGACUGAUUCUUUUUUCAAUGUAUAUCCUUUCUACCGUCAGCUACGUCAAAUUCUUGCUGUUGAAAGGAGCGACUGGAAGGUUGCGACCUGCAAGGACAAUAACACCACAUUCAAACUCAAAGUUGGACUUAUUGGCUUUGGAUCCAUCGGAAGGCAAGUAGCCGAGGCUUUAUUUGAGAUAAAAGAGGCCGACCUGAUAGCAAUAUGUGAUAGCUCGACAGUUGCUGAAAUGGCUAUUGCUUGGAAGAGCAGUAAGGUCAGUUUAAGUGUCACUGGUGAAAGUUCACUCAUGUUCAUGAAGCAAACUACUGAAUUUGGUAAAAAUGUUGGCGUCCUGGUGUCAGUUCUCAACCCCAGGCAACACGAGGAAUCCCCUUGGGGCAACAUUCUUGUGAAUUAUGUUAUUGACACACUUAGUCUCUUCUCCGAGGACAAGCACUUUGUGUAUUCAGCACACGACCGGGCUGACCCACCCUGUACCGAUGGCAGAACUGAUACCGAUUUGCCAAAGCAGCUGCCAAAGAGCCUACCUGGUACUGUCUACACAAUGAUGUAUGCUGACGAGCGAGUUCCCAGUGGCUUCAACCCCUCAGUGAAAUACUUGAAGGUUAUGGUCAAUUCUGAAGCUGUUAAGAAGUCUAUUGUUGAAAAUUUACCUGAAUGGAAAGGUGUCUCCGCAAAUAUUUGCUUCUAUGCUGAAACUAACCCAACAAAGAGGCUAUGUGAUCCGCUGACGGAGCUUCUUUCCAGCAACGAGGAGCAGGAGGCUGAUGAAGAGAACGAACCAGGAGACAGGUUGAUAUCUGUAUUGACCUGUUGCAUUCGUAUCCUGAAGUCUGUGGCGAUCGGAGGCAUCUUCUUAAUGUUCUAGAGAAGAUACCGGGGUGUGGCGAUCGGAGGAUUGUAUUCAUAGUCGCCGCUUGCUUUCCUAACAGCUUGACACAGUACAGAUGCCAGCACUCCGUUGGCUGUGUGGCGGACGAAUGAACGAACGAAUGAACAGAAAAUAUUCUAGGCGGCGGACGUGUGUUCGUGUGAUACGAAUGACGAACAGAGCUGGAUGAUCAUGUGUAGUACACUGCCAUGUAUAUACAAGUAAAGCUUCAGGUAGUGGAUUUGUGAAAUUAAGCA